CAUCUAUUUGCUACAGGAGUAACUAAAUGCAUUAUGAGUACUGGUAAACUUAGGAUUAGUGCUGAAGUUUCUGUACUAUGUGCUUUAGAAGGAAUGGAGAACUUAAUGUACUGGUUGGCUUAUGCUGAACGUCGCAUAAUUUCAU